UUGAGAACUGUUGUGAGAAAUAUCGUGUCCACUCCAUUCGAAUAAACCAGUAUUGUACAAGUAAUGGCACACCAUGGAUAUAUCGACUCAUUGAUUUUCUACAUCGAACGGAACCCCCUCAUAAUCGUGUUCAUCGCCCUCGGAACAUGGCUCUUCGGAUACUGGAACCGAAACCCAACCCUCGAUCCCAACAGUCCUGAAAACACACCCCACAAUGCAAACAAUGGCUACCCGCCGAUCGAGCCUCUGCCAGGAUUCAACUGGGAAGCGACAGAACCGUUAUCAUUUCGGCCCUUCAAGCCGAAAUACCAUCUGACGAUGGGUCUAAGACAGCUCGACCCUUCUGAUUUCCUCCAGAUGGACAAAACCUACAAAGACCGUCUCGCGCUGCGGGCCCAGCUUCUGGAGAAGUACCACGACACUGUCGUCGGCGUGAAGGGGGACAGCGAACGCGUGCAGGCAGCCAUCUACGAAUUAUAUGAGUUCGUGCUGGGUGUCUAUCUACCAAGUCGGUAUCCGACCAUGUUCCGAUUGACGACUACUAGAGACAGCGAUUUCAAAGGGAACGUCCCUGUCCUUGAAAGCAAAGUCACAGGAAAGCAAAUCCCCAUUGAACUCCCACCCCACUCCCCAGAAACAAGCCGCAAAGCCCUCGAAACACUCGGAACUUGGGUAGACGAAGACUUCAUCAUCCUGCUUCCAGAGAAGACCGUACCAAGCGACGACGCAGACGGUGAGGACGAGAAAUACGUUCUGCACGCCUACACCGUGCACUUCCCGGCCGGGUUCGAUCUCAGCAAGAAGCUUGGGCGCCGGCUGGCUGAGAUACACACGCCGGUGCCUGGGUACGCGGAGAAGCUCGAGAAGAGCAUGGAUCGCUUCUUUGCGCGCCUCGAGGUGGGGAAGUUCGUGCAGCGGGUGAAUUGGAGUGUCACGCUUGAUACACCGCUUUUUGCGGCGUUUGGGAUGACGCAUGGGAGGAAGGAUGCGGGGGAUGAGGAGAGGAAGAAGGUAGUGGAUGAGGAGAUUAAGGUUGGGGAGUUGGAUGUUGAUACGACGUUGCUUCGAUGUGAAAGACAGACGCUCCAUCGUCUUCCCCACACAAAGGCCCUUGUGUUUGCGGUCCACACAUACACUUAUCCACUCCAGAUGAUCAAAGAUGAGGGUCUGGGCGAGGAAAUGGCCAGUGCUAUUGACGGGUUGAAAGAGGGCAGUGCGCCUCAGAUUCAUUGGUAUAAGCGGGGUCCGGUGUGGGGGGAGGCUGUGAAAGAGUUUUUGCGAUCUUGAACUACUAGAUUAGAUUGG